AUGGCUGCUCAAAAGACCUAUAGCAUCGCCUCGAUCCCAGCCGACGGAAUCGGGCCGGAGGUCAUCAAUGCCGGCAUCACAGCGCUGAAUGCCUUGACCGACACCCUCAAGACAUUCAAAUUGGAAUUCAAAAACUACGACUGGAGCUCCGAGACCUUCAAAAAGACCGGGAAAUACAUCCCAGACGGCGGACUAGAGGAACUCAAGAAGCACGACGCAAUCUUCUUCGGUGCCGUCGGCGCUCCCGAUGUCCCCGACCACAUCUCCCUCUGGGGCCUAAGACUCGCCAUCUGCCAGACCUUCCAGCAAUAUGCCAACGUGCGCCCAACCCGCGUAUUCCGCGGCACCGAGUCCCCACUGCGAAAUUGCGGACCCAAGGACCUUGACUGGGUGAUUGUGCGCGAGAACAGCGAGGGCGAGUAUGCGGGUCAGGGCGGUCGCUCGCACGUUGGAAAGCCGUGGGAGGUUGCGACGGAGGUUUCUAUCUUCUCCCGGCACGGGGUGGAGAGAAUUAUGCGGUUUGCGUUUGAGACUGCUCAGAAGCGGCCGCGGAAGCUGUUGACUGUUGUUACGAAGAGCAAUGCUCAGCGAAAUGGAUUGGUUCUCUGGGAUGAAGUUGCUAAGGCUGUUGCGAAGGAUUUCCCUGAUGUCACUGUUGAUAAGAUGCUUGUCGAUGCUAUGACGACGCGUAUGGUCUUGAAGCCUGAGAGUUUGGAUACGAUUGUUGCUACGAAUCUGCAUGCGGAUAUUCUCUCGGAUCUUGCUGCUGCGCUGGCUGGGUCGAUUGGUAUUGCGCCUACCUCUAACCUUGACCCUACACGCGAGUAUCCUAGUAUGUUUGAGCCUAUUCAUGGCUCCGCUUUUGAUAUCACUGGUAUGGGUAUCUCUAACCCUGUGGCUACGUUCUGGACGGCGGCGGAGAUGCUUGCUUGGCUCGGUGAGGAGGAGGCGUCUAAGCAGCUGCUGGAUUGCGUUGAGAAUGUAUGUGAGCAGGGUGUUCUUACUCGUGACUUGGGUGGUGAUGCUACUACGAAGCAAGUUACCGAUGCGGUUGUGGCGGAGAUCAAGAAGCUUGGGGCUAAAACGUUAGAACGUUCCCUCGUAGAUCGCCCAAACCCGGGCAUCGCGACCGCCUUUUCCUCGAAACCCAUCAACCCCCAGCCCAAUGGAAACCUCCUCCAAUCCAACAAUAAGAUGGAGCCCCCUUCCAAAAAGCCCCGACUCUCAGAGUCUGGCACAGAUGGUACAGUAAACACCACAUUCGCCUCUCUACACAGAGCCAUCAGUCCACCGCUCCGGCGAGCAACCUCACAGCCGUCGAAAGAUCUCCAAACACCAGCUGGUGAUAAGACGUAUCCAACUGGAUCUAAUAGUGAUCGGAUCCAGUAUGUCAAUUCACCUACACAGCUUACGUAUAUUCGAGAUCUACCAGCAGGCAACAAUGUCGACACAGUCCGACUACGCGAUAUCCUGGGGGACCCCAUGAUCCGCGAAUGCUGGCAGUUUAACUACCUUUUCGAUGUUGAUUUUCUGAUGUCUCACUUUGACGAGGAUGUUAAGGAUUCCGUGCAGGUUAAGGUUGUGCAUGGGUCGUGGCGGAAGGAGGAUUCGAAUCGGGUUCGGGUUGAGGAAGCCUGUUCGCAAUAUCCAAACGUGGAGCCAAUUGUGGCCUACAUGCCCGAAGCCUUUGGCACACAUCAUUCCAAGAUGAUGAUUCUUCUUAGACAUGAUGACCUGGCUCAGAUUAUUAUCCACACUGCCAAUAUGAUCCAUAUGGACUGGACCAACAUGACACAAGCUGUCUGGCGCUCUCCGCUGCUUCCCCUGCAAAAGGAAGUCCCAUCAGGACCUCAGCCUGAUACAAAAUUCGGCUCGGGGGUGCGGUUCAAACGGGAUAUCCUGACCUAUCUAAAAGCGUACGGGCCCCAAAGGACCGGCCCAUUAGUCCAGCAGUUAAACACAUAUGACUUCGGAGCUAUCCGCGCUGCACUCGUUGCCAGCGUCCCGUCUAAAAAGCACAUCAGUGAUUGCAGCUCAGAAGAAGACACGCUAUGGGGUUGGCCAGCUCUGAAAGAUACAAUGCGCCGGAUUCCGAUUCAGCAGAAGAAGACCAACAAAAAGCCACACAUAGUAAUCCAGAUCUCAUCAGUCGCAACCCUCGGCCAAACAAACAAAUGGCUCAAAGAAAUCUUCUUCAAAGUCCUCGCCCCAACACCACCACCACCACAACAACCAACCUACUCAAUAAUCUUCCCAACCCCCGACGAAAUCCGCCGCUCCCUAAACGGCUACAACUCCGGCGGUUCAAUCCACAUGAAAACCCAAAGCCCAGCCCAACAAAAACAACUCCAAUACAUGCGUCCGCAUCUCUGCCAAUGGGCCGGCGACGUUCUCCCACCAGGAACCUGCAUCGAUCUAUCCGAGGAUAGCUCCCCGAAGCGCGAAGCAGGCCGCAACCGCGCAGCACCGCAUAUCAAAACCUACGUGCGCUUCGCGGACUCGGAUAUGAAAUCCAUCGACUGGGCGAUGGUCUCGUCGGCGAAUCUGUCCACGCAGGCGUGGGGCGCGGCACCGAAUGCGGGCGGCGAGGUGCGUAUCUGUAGUUGGGAGAUUGGUGUUGUCUUUUGGCCGGAGCUUUUUCGGGAGGAUACUGGUGAGGGGACUGCUUCCGGCUUGGAAAAGGGGGGUUCCACCGCGCUGAUGGUUCCUUGUUUUAAGGCUGAUUGUCCUAGUAUACCUGAUGGGGCUGAGACAGAUUUGCUGGUCGGGUUCCGUAUGCCUUAUGAUCUUCCGCUGACGCCGUAUGGAGUCGGCGAUGAGCCGUGGUGUGCGACUGCUUCGCAUCGUCUGCCGGAUUGGCGGGGGCAGAGCUGGAUUGUAUAA